GUGGACGUGACCGGCGGCAGUACCGGCGAGCUGCGUCUGUGAUCUUCAAGGUACAGGCUAUUCACACUAAAGGCAGAAUGGACUUGCGACAGCAUAUUUCCAGUUGGCUGCCGCACUUGGACAAUGAAGUGGUCGAACAGAUUGUACAGAAACUGCUGGACUGUGGUGUUCAGUCACUUGAGCACCUCAAGUAUGUAGUGGAGGGUGACCUAAUGUUCCUGAGUGUUGUCAGCAGACGCAUCCUGCUCGAAAAGUUCCAGACAGCUGCUUCACCAGCCGUGCAAGCGUCCAUUCCCCAAGGAAGCGAAGCUUCUGUGAGCUUGCUGGGCCAGGCUUUUGAUAUUCCAUGGGACGCAUUUCCACCCGAACUCAUGAAAGCAUGUCAAGAUGGCAGGCGCCCACUGAAAAGUGAUCUGAAUGAAAUGAUUAGGACACUAAGUGACAGGGUGCUUGCCUGCUACCAGAAGCCUGGGCGAAAAGUGCUGCGAGUCAUUGCGAGUGAAAUUGUCAGCAAAUAUCCAAGAACUUUUGAGGACACCCUCAAUGGCACCAUCAUUGCUACAGGACUAGAAACGCUUCUAUGGAAGCUGGAGAAUUGUAUUAACAACAAAAGAAGGCACAGUUCUGAGUGUUCGAAGCGGUGUUUUUCAGAAGAUGAAGAAUUGACCACAAAGAAACCACAACUCCAAAAAGAUUCUUAUGGCUGUGUAGCCUGGCAGCCUGACCUUCCGUCUACGGAAACAGCUGAAACUCAAGAGAACAAAAGAAAAGAGUUGCAAGCCCAAUUCAGGCUAGCUUCCCCAAACAGUUCACGAGUCACACAGCUAAUGGCCGAAACGUAUUCGUCACAGAGGCAGGUGAUUAAUGCCAGCAGAAGCGUGGUGAACGUGAAGGAGAACUGGCCUUUCCUCUUUGAAGAAGCACACAUGUGUUCACAUGUCAAUACACUGCUGGGGUUCAGUGCCUCGCAAACAUUUGACGAUAAAGUUAAGACUGUUGGGCGACAGGUUUUUAGGUAUGCUCACAGCUUAAUAAAGAAGCCGAACGUGAGGACAUGCCUAGAGGAAAUUGAAAAGGCCAGAAUUGAAACGAAAUCAAUGGCUGUAGAGUAUGAAGCCACUCCCCUCCUCCUACUUGCCAUCUUCGAUGAAGACCGGGAGCUAUUCUGCAAGGUAGUCGAGGAAUCUGCUAGUGAUGACGACCUUGGGGACAUGCCGUGUUCUCCUUUCAUCAUUGCAAAAGGAGGCAGUUUUCUUACUGCUAAGAGCUUCGUCGUAUGUGUCGACAGCCUGCCAGCGAUGCGUGCAACGAACCCCUGCCAGGCGUUCAAGCUGAUGUUUUUUGUUCACUUCGCGUUCAACGUUGCAUACCCCAAAGACACAAGCCUCUGCCUGGAGUUCACACAGCGAACCAUUGCAGGUGUGAACCCUGGCAGGGGAACCAAGGUGGAGCGGACCAAGAAAAAGCAGCAUUGCCUCUCCCCAAAAGUGGCAUCCCUCGUCACAUCGCUGAAAGACUAUGACUUUUAACUGUUCUGCAACUUAAAAACGUUCUAUAUCAAUGCACUGUGAUAAUGUAACAACUCGUGGCAUGCCUUAUGCCUUGUUUCUACCUCACUGCUUAAUGCAGUACUAGUCUCAAGCAAGGCACAGUUUGCCCCAGUCACUUUUCUUUUCCAUAUAUUUUCCAUAUGCUGCUUGUAUACAUUGUAGUACUGCUGUCUCUAUUCUAAUAAUAUUUUAAUUUUUAUAUUGUAUUUGCAAGGCUGGACAUACUGAGUGGGUUGACUGUUUUUGGUUGCACUGUGAUAAUGUAACAACUUGUGGCAUGCCUUAUGCCUUGUUGUUCGUAUCUCACUGCUUAUGCAGCACUAGUCUCAAGCAAGGCGCAGUUUGCCCAAGUCACUUUCCUUAUACAUAUACUUGGC